CCCAACCUGCUGGAUGUUCAGUAUAAGUAAGACGUCUUUCACGAGCUUGUUUCACAGUCGAGGAAGUCCUUCUGCCCUCCACUGCUCCAGAAACACGAAGACACCGUUGACUUUUGGACGACCUGUCACAGCUCUGUUUGACGAUGACGUCUCUGAAGACAAAGAAUAUCUGCUUCCUCGCUGCCUUCCUCUUCCUCGCCAUCGUUCCCACACUGGCUGAAGUGGUGGACACAGUGCAGAAGUGUAACCAGUUUUUCCGUCAGCAAACUCCACCAAACAUCCCUGGCAUCUUGGAGGACGGGAAAAUCCUGGACCAGAACAGAUACAAAGUCCUGUGCCAGACUUAUGAGAACAGUAGAUGGUAUGUGACAGUCUACGACACCAGGAACAAGAUUCCAGUGUUUUCUGCUUACAAGUACCAAGGUCCAGGACAGGGGCAAGCUGAAGAAUACUGGAAGAUAGAGCCACAGCUUGAGAACGAAGCUGACCCGAACAAAAACAUGAUGGAGGAAGAAAAAGGCAAGACCUACACCCACCAGGCCAUGGUUGCUGAUUAUGUAAACAGUAGAGGCCUUGACAAGGGCCAUUGUUUUCCAGCCCUUCAUGGGUUCACCAACACUGAGAAAACUUCAACCUACACCUUGACCAACAUCGUACCACAAGCAGGCAAGUUUAACCAGGGAAGAUGGAACACAAUGGAGAAGUGCAUCGGACAUGUUAUGGACGACUACAUCAGCAAGAACGGGAUGGAAUGUUUUGUGGUAGUUGGAGCAGAACCCAGCGCCAACGACAAACUCAACAACAAGAUUAAUGUUCCCUCUGUGAUGUGGUCAGCUUUCUACUGCAACAACCAGAAGUGGUCGAUAGCAGGUGCUCACUGGGACAACAAUGUUCCAGGAUCCCUUAAGGAUCGUAUGAUCAUGAAGCCUGUGAAAGACCUCGAAGACAAACUGAUGGUUGACGCGUUUCCUAAGACAAAUCCUGAAUUUGUUGAUAAAAAAGUAAUUAAAAGGUGGCGCUCUCUCUGCAAAGCUCAAUAACCAGUUGUGGCCCUCCCACUUCAACAUCUGGUCUACUAUAUCUAGUCCAGCCACAUCUAUUAGCUCAUUUGCAUUUACAUAUAGUCCACAUCUGCUUCUGGCUUUAGCACAUCUGUGAGCACAGAUGUUUCUUUGGGUUUCUCCCUGUGUGAGGAAACCUUUGUGAAAAAUUGCUAGAAUCAAAAGAUCAGUCUGUGAUUCUACAGCUAUGCUUGAGAUUGAAUGAAACUUUGAAAAUCAGCAGCUAACGUGCACGUCUACAUGAAAUAAUAAUCAAGAUAACGCAUCGCUUGAAUUAAAGAAUGAUUCAGUACAGACUGAAGCUCCUGAAAAUUGUUCUGUCACAAGUUGUUGAAGCUUCAGGCUGAGCUGUUUGUUCAUAUUUGACUGUACUAUACUUUUUGUGUCAUUUCAUUUGUUCCAAUGAUCGGACAGCGGCUGAGGAAAAGUGUCCUUUACAUGGCUUCAGAUGGAAGACACCAGGUCAAUGUACGUGAUUUGUAACAUGUGGAUGAAAUAAAGAG